CUCAUGCUCCGUGUCUUGUCGUCUUCGAGCUGUCCUGAGAAAGCUGAUAGCAGUGCAGUGCAGCUCUCCUCGUAUAUUGGACACUCAACAUUGCGUGGUGGCGGGGGUUGGAGAAAGUCGUAUGCUAGAACUUCAAGUUCUACUAGAAGUGUUGUGUGGAAAGAAUUGUAUGCUAUGUGGUUUUUCUGGAGAGAGUUGUAUGCUGUAAGAGUGUUGAGGGGUUGAAAGCUGAGGGAAAGCUGUAUGCUAUAGGAGUUGAUCUGAAGAAAGUCGUGUGCUGUGAUAUGAUAAGCCCGGCUGCGGAAGAUUGCUGCUGGCCAUCCGGUAUCUUAUUAAUAAGACGCCAGGUUCUGCAGCUCGCUCCUUACAAUGGAGAUCUCUGAAGAAGGACAGGGGGCAAGCAAUGUAGGGCCAGUUGUCGACCUUAGCAAUGCAAGCUGCUCCAAAACGCCAUCAGAAACGCCAGUUCCAUCAGCAAAUGCCAUGGGACCCGCUUUGAACGGGGCUAAUUCACUGAGCAUCUGGACGCGCUUCCAGUUGGAGAACAAGUCUCAGUCCACCUUGGGAACCCCCCAGUGCAUGCAGCUUGACGCCAAUAUGCGCCCCCUUCUGGCUCCCCCCUUGAAACUGCCGCCUGAGAUAGCUGCUGUCGUCAGCCCGAAGUCCGUACUGAGUCGGAGCUUCUCAACGGCCAAAGCUGAGAAAGCUGUCAGCCCCACGUCAGUUCUUCAUGGAAGCUUCUCCCCAAGCAGUGGGGAGGGGAGUCUCAACAGUUCGGAUGAGGAUGACAAGUCAGUUGCUUCGUCCGAGUCUGAGGAGGAGCCUUGGCCACGUGAGGGCUCCUUCAUGGCCUUCGGAAACGCCUCAAAGAAAGCGGAACCGGAGCCUGAAGAUCAACAGACGCCUGAAACGGAGCAGAACGGAGGCUCCUCUGAAGGCAUCGAGCAGAAAGAACCGGACGGAAUCGCGUCAGCAAAAGGCAUCAUUAGGCUGAUGCCAGAAGUCUGCGUCGCCGGGACGUCGUUCGAAGAGAGCAUCGCCGCGCUGUCAGCAAUCGCUGCGGCAGAGACCGAAGCUCCAGAAGAGAACGGAACGGAGGCAGAGGAAAGCCUGCUUGGGGCGGAACCGGAAACACCAAAGCGGAACGGAACUACACAUGAGGCCGUACCUACUGUGACGUCUGUGCGCCGGUCAUCAUCACUGAAACCGAAGGAGGGAGAGGAGGAGGGUAAACUGAAGAAGGCAACUAGGAAGGGGCGCAGUUUGUCCCCUUGGAGAAGAUCGGGGGAAAAAGACAAGCCGACAUCCGGGAAGGAGCAAGGGCUUGUGAACGUCGAGGAAGCGCGGGCGGCUGCGAGAAAGGUUGCCGCCGCAGUUGGGCCUGCGAUGCUGAUGCGGGCCAGGCGACCUGCCUUGACACCACUGAAGAUUCCUGACCGUCCGGCGGGGAGCAGCGACGAAUCCAAUGGCUCCACUCCCAAUAAGACGCCUUCCACCGCGACCUCAAACGCGCUGUCCCAGGGGCUCGACGCGGAUGGGAAACCAAGGACGGCAGAGGAGCUGAUCGCCAACUAUAUGGCCCUGCAACAUUCCAACCUUCUGAAGCGCGUCAAAGCCAAGGCCAAAGCCGCCCUCGCCGCCAAAGACAAAGAGAUCCGCGACCUGCGCGAGCGUCUGUCAAGCCAGGAGAGCCCCAAAGCACCUUCCGGGAUCGUCCCCGGCAAAUCGGACGGUCCAGAAGGCGCAACCGAAUCGGACGGCGCGGCUACUUCGGCCGCAGUCGAACGGCUGCGCAUCCUCCUGGCGAAGAGCCGCGCGGAGGUGGCCUUCAAAACGGAACGGCUGGCCGCGGCGGAACGGAACGUGGGGGCGCUGGAGGACGGGCUGUUGCUGUCGGGAUGCCGGAUCGCCGACCUGCAGGAACGGGUGGAGCUGGCGCAAGACGACACGCACGUCGUGGCAACUAGCAUGGGGGUGAAACUGCGGCAGAGGGAGGCGGAUCUCGAAGCCGCGGAGGCGGAGAGGAGCGAACUGGUGCGUCAAGUUGCGGAUCUUGAGGGUGAGAUUCGCGAGGCCCUGAAGGAGAAUGACGACCUCUUGGCGCGCGCGGCGGAGCUCGCGGACGAGAACGAGAAGCUGAAGAAAGCGGCGGAGGGAGAGAGCGCGCGCGAGAAGGCCGCCGAGAACGCGCGCGCGCGCGCGAGCACGGAGCGCGACGAGAUGGCGGCGGAGCUGGAGGCGAUGGCCGCGAUCGCGGACGUGGUGCAGCGCGCGCUCGCGAGCACGGGAGCGCGCGCGCGCAAUUUGGAGUGUGAGCUCAAAAUGGUGCGCGCGCAUGGGGGACCGGUGCGGGAAGAAGUCGGGGUGCUGAGGGCUAAGUUGGGAGAGACAGACAGGGACCUUGCAGCGGCGCAAGAGAAGCUGGUGGAAAGGGAGAAGGACGUGGCGGCUCUGAAGAGAGACCUGAUGAAGGAGAAGAAGGCCGCGGCGUGCCUGCGUGCCAAAGUUAAGGAAGCCGAAGCCUCCCUAGCGAAGGAGCGCGCGCGUCAGCGCGAUGCCGACGAAGCCGCGCGCCUCCCGCCGACGCUCGCGCACUCUGUGACAGCCCACGUCGACCCGUUAUUCGACGGGACGAGUUCCCAGAAAAACACCGAUGACGUCAGCGGGGCGCUCCAGGAGAAGGAGAGCGAAGCGCAGCGGCUGGCGCGGGAAGUAGUAGCGGCGAACAAACGGGUGGGGAAGCUCCGGCAGCAACUAGACGCGGCGCGCGCGGCGGAGGAGGCGGCCCACGCCGCGGCGCACGCGAAAGACGAGGAGCGCGUUAAGCUGCUAACCGAGAAGGACAGGGAGACGGAAAGGGUGCUGACGGAGAAGGACGAGGAGACGGUUAAGCUGCUAACCGAGCUCGAGAAGUCGCACGCGACGAUCGUCGAGAUGGGCGCGGAGCUGCACGCCGCGGAGGAGCAGCGCGAGCGCGAGGUGCGCGCGCUGACGUCAGAGCUGGCCAAGGUGACGUCGGAGCUUGCGGCCGCGCGCGCGACGCUCGCGGAGGCGGAGGGAGACCUGGAGAGCGCGCGGUGGGAGGCGGCCGUCGUGGCGACGGAGAAGGAGAAAAAGAUUAAGCGGCUGUCGGAGGAAUUGGUCCAGAGCCUGGAGGCGCUUCAGCGGUUGGCGGGGGAGCGGGAGGAGCUGGCGCGCGAGCGAAACGCGCUGCGGGCGGAAACGAAGAGGUCCGGCGAAGCGGAAAACAGGGAGGCGGAGGUGUUUGCGGAGGAACUAGAGGCGGCGCAGGUCGCGCUCGAGAAGGCCCGCGAGGCCUGUGAGCUGUUGUGGGCGGCGCUUCCGGAGGCGCAGCCUCGGGAGCGAAAAGUGGGCAAACUAGGAGAGGCGAAAGACUUUCGCAAGGCCCGGGAGCACAAACCGGGAAAGGGGAAACCGGCAGAGACGCGGGGCCAGAGUUGCCAGGAGCUUAGUGAAGUGCGAGACAGUAAAGCGGGGCUUCCCGAGAAGGCUGAGAUAGAGCGCCGUUGUGGCGGGGGCGCUAGCAACGGUCGAAUGACUUGGUCGCGAAGGGAAGACGGAGAGCACGGGGCCGAGCGGAGCGGACCGGAGCGGAGCGGACCGAGCCGCCGGUGCUGGUGGGUAGCUCAGGCAAGAGAGCUUUUGGCCAGAGUAGCGGCCAAGGCUUGGGGACCUGUGACGUUGCCUGCAAAUCGAGCUGAACGACGAGAUGUGAGUGGGUGGUUCGGUGUUGAAAGUGCGUAG